AGAAGUGGAACACAGUUUCCAGGCUAAACGACAAAAUACGCUUAAGCCAUGGAAUCCAACCAGGAAUCCUCGCUCUUCCUGGUGAAGAUCUUGGAGGAGCUGGACACCAAGCAGAAUACUGUUUCUUACCAGGACCUCUGCAAGUCCCUGUGUGCGAGGUUUGAUUUAUCCCAGUUGGCCAAGCUCAGAAGUGUGCUGUUUUACACCGCUUGCCUGGAUCCUAAUUUCCCAGCGACUUUGUUCAAAGACAAAAUGAGAUGCACUGUAAACAAUCAGCAAUCAAAGAAAAUCAUGGUUGCAGCAGAUAUAGUAACAAUAUUCAACCUCAUACAAAUGAAUGGGGGAGUGGCCAAGGAGAAACUUCCAGUUGCAAGGCAGAAAGUGAAGAAGAAAGAGUCCUUUGAGUCCUGUAGAUCUGACACGGAAAUCUGCAACAUGGCAGACUGCGUGCCCAACUGCGAGCUGAACGACCAGGAGUUUAACCGGGGCUUUCCAGUCAGAAGGUCUUCAAAAUGCAGAAAGAUGGACUGCAAAGACUGUCAACAGUUUGUCCCCUCAUCAGAACCCAACUUUUUACUUGGCGUCAAUAAGGAGAUGAAGGGUCGGGCUGCCUCUCUGGACAGGCUGCAGGCGCUGGCGUCCUACUCCAUCGCCACGUCUCCACCAUGCGAGAUGCAGAGUACGUACUUCCCCAUGAACAUUGAAAAUGAAUCUAUUUCAGACCAGGACUCCUUGCCCAUAAGUGCAGGCAUAAAAGAAACUUUCAUUUCAAAUGACGAGCCGUUUGUGAUGCAGUCGUGUGUCCAGAAAAGAAAUAUAUUCAAAGAAGAUUUUCAUAAUCUGAUUACAAUAUCUCCCAACUUAAUACCAUCCAACAAAAAGCCAGAAGAUGGACACAGAGAGCCUCAGAACAGGAAAGAAAGCUCUAAGCAGGCUUUCUUCAACCACAGCUUUGAAAUGCCAUACAGCAGCCAGUACUUGAAUCCAGUUUAUUCUCCUAUACCAGACAAAAGGAGAGUGAAACAUGAAAGUUUAGAUGAUCUUCAAGCUUCAACGUAUUUUGGCCCAACUACUAUUCUCGGGCCCCAGGACACCAAAAAGUGGACUGGAAAGCCAACCAAGCAAACUGCCUGGCCAGCUAAAAGCUGGAGUUUAAAUACUGAGGAGGUACCUGACUUUGAACGAUCAUUUUUUAACAGGAAGCAGUCUGAAGAGAAGCCACGAUACCAGAGUUCAAACAACGCAUCUCCAAACUUUCCUUCAGCUGACAGGCAUCAGUCCUACCUAAAUGCGAAGGAUCAGCAACCAAUUAUGCAGGCAAAUUAUGCUGUGAAACCAAAUGGGCAUAAACCCAAGGAAAUUCCUUCCAUUCUAGAUGUGGAGAAACACGAGCCAGUCAAAAAAUUUAAGGAUAAAAGCAUUAAUUGUACUUCUGUUCAGAUCUUAAGCAUUGACAGGACCACAAGCGUUGGGACACAAACGGAGCAGCAAGUUCUGGACCACAAGAAAUGCAAGGAUUUGUGUGCGGCAGGCCAAGCCAAGUAUGGAGAGCGGCACUCUCUUAAGCAAUCGGACGAUGACUCUGAAAUUGUGAGCGAUGACAUCAGUGACAUUUUCCGGUUUUUGGAUGACAUGAGCAUCAGUGGGUCCACGGGAGUGAUGCAGUCUUCAUGCUACAACAGCACUGGUUCCUUGUCUCAAGUGCAUAAAUCAGACUGUGAGAGCUCGCCUGAGCACAAUUUGACUAAAAUCUCAAACGGGAGUGCCUGUAACAAAUUGGAUAAAGUGGUCCGGGCAGAUAUCAGUAACACAGAUGAUGAACUGAAAACCAGUGUCUGCAAAUUAGUUUUGAGGAUUGGUGAAAUAGAGAAGAAACUGGAAUCUCUUUCAGGUGUCCGAGAAGAAAUCUCCCAAGUCCUGGGAAAAUUGAGCAAGUUGGAUCAAAAAAUUCAGCAGCCGGAGAAGGUCAGCGUACAAAUAGAUCUCAAUUCUUUGACAAGCGAGGCUGCAUCAGAUGAGAGUAACUCCCCACAGAUAUUUCAGUGCCACAAUACUCCUCAUGGAGGCAAACUAGAGAAUAAUUCAGAAUGGUGCUGUUCAGAUGCCAGCGGAAGUAAUAGCGAAAGUCUUCGAGUAAAAGCCUUAAAAAAAAGUUUGUUUACUAGGAGGUCAUCAAGAUCAUUAACAGAGGAAAACAGUGCAACUGAAUCCAAAAUAGCAAGUAUUUCAAACUCUCCCCGAGACUGGAGAGCUAUUACUUAUACCAACCAAGUUGGCAUUACGGAAGAGGAGAUUAAAGAGAGAGAUGGAGGUGAAAAUAAGGACUGGCACAGGAAAUCUAAAGAGGCAGACAGGCAAUACGAAAUCCCACAGCCACAUAGACUCUCUAAACAACCAAAAGAUGGUUUCUUGAUUGAACAAGUCUUUAGUCCUCAUCCCUACCCUGCGUCACUCAAGUCACACAUGAAAAGCAACCCGCUCUACACAGAUAUGAGGUUGACAGAGCUGGCUGAAGUGAAACGUGCCCAGCCAUCGUGGACCAUAGAGGAAUACACAAGGAAUUCGGGGGAUAAAGGCAAGAUUGCAGCAUUGGAUCUACAAACUCAAGAAUCUUUAAACCCAAACAACUUAGAAUACUGGAUGGAAGACAUUUAUACUCCUGGCUAUGAUUCCUUAUUAAAACGCAAAGAAGCCGAGUUCAGAAGAGCAAAGGUUUGCAAGAUAGCUGCCCUGAUAGCAGCGGCAGCUUGUACGGUUAUUCUGGUCAUUGUAGUUCCCAUUUGUACAAUGAAAUCCUGAACCUGCGGACAGACCCGUGACUCCCAGCCAUGUGUACCUGAGAUAGCUCAUGCUGUGUUUCAAACGUCUGAUGGCAAAACUGUUAGGAAUUUGCUAAGAAUGUUCUGAAAAUAUCCUGAUGGAGAAUGCUGUAAACGUAGGCAAAACACAAAACAACUGGAGAAACUUUUUUUUUUUAAAAGUAUUAUUUUAAAUACCAGACUGUGUGGCAGAGUUAAUAGGAACUCGGUUCAAUUUUUAUGCAUUUUUAAAAGUGCAAUAUUUUUUUUUCCUAAAGAAACAAUAUAAUGUUUUACAGAAUCAGAGACUGAUGAGAGUCCAGGCAAAAGAGGAAGGUUGUCUGAGCUAUGUUGCAUUUAACAGAGGUAUGGGUACAUGGAGGUAGCACUGUAUAGAAGGGAAUAUUCUGUAUGCAUUACAUCAGGGAGCUAGGAAAGUCUUAAAGCUCUCUACGAUGUAGAAAACUCUGAAUGUAUUGUAUUUAUUUUAUAGUAUUUAUGUAUUUCAUGAUCAUUUGAUUGAAAGCAGACUGUGUAGCCAUGAACAGAGUUCAUUCCUAUGUUCAGAUUAAAAAGGGCUCUUUGUAUUUGGUCUUGCCCUAAGACCCACUUUAUCAUCACUGAGUACUUAGAUAAGUGCAAUGUGCUGCAGACCAAAAAGAUUAUGUUUUAAAGCAA